AUGAAUUCUUCACAGCCCCAGAGGAUGGCGCCCAUCCAGCGCCUUCCCUUCGAGCUCAAGGCGCAGAUCGCUCGUGAGCUGAGCGACUUCGACCUGUACGACCAACGCAACUAUCAGAUCGACCCCUAUGGCCACAGCUUCUUCAACGGACACACGUAUGAGUGGCAGCCGUUACAGAAAGCAGGCGACAAGCCCCAGCUGAGUUUUCAGCCAGUUUACGACGAUCUGCGUGCGCUUUCCCUCGUUUCGAAAGACUUCCGUGACCCGGCGCAGCGCGCCCUCUUUGCCGUGGUCAUUGUUGGGGACCCCACGGCAUACUUCAAGCUCUUCCGAACUCUGCUCGAAUCUCCCCAAGUCAGAUCCUACAUACGGUGUCUCUUGGCCAUUUCAGUUCGAAAUCCUGACGCAGAGAAGCGACGUUCUGAGAUAGAAACGUCCCGCUGGGCUGCUUUCGUCGACAUAUUCGGCGACCUUGUUGUCUUUGGCCGGCAUAAUACUCACGACCUUCGGAACCACCGUUACUUUUACGGACUCAGGUACCGGUUAUACCCACGCGGCCUUCCUGUGGUCUUAUCAUCGGACCGCAUAGCAUCAUACGAGCUUGAAAGCCGGAAGUUUUGCCAACUAGUCACCGAGGUUUUGCAUAGCAUUCUUCAGCUAUGCCAGUCGCUAAGAGCGUUUCAUUUACACUGCAGUAAUGGGUCUUGGGGGCAACAAGAAGAUCCAUGUACAUUCUGGCCUGUGGGUAGGAGAUGUUACUCGUGGACAAAAGCGCUCGAAAGCGACCCUUUCCUCAACACUCUAACAAUUGACAUUCGUGUUUUCGAAGCUUUUUAUGGGUCCAUGAUCAUGGCCAAUGAUAGAUUUCCACCGAACAUUGAACAUCUCACUAUUGUUGGCUCAAUAACCCAUGAAUUCCGCAACAACAUGCUGGGUAUGCGCCAUGUCUGCGGUUGGCUCAGCGCCUUUACCAGGCUGAAAACGCUCCGAAUUUGGUACGGGAUUCGUACUGCUGCUCGCUCAACAGUCCAUAACUGGAAUAACCUUCUUCUCAAGUUGAAAGCUACCCUGGAGCAGCUUGUGCUGGAUGGUGCUGGGACGCUGCUCCACUUGCGUGCCAAUAACAUCCUUGGCCCCCGGGUACUCCAGCAACAGCGGCUGUUUGGUCCAAGCCUUAUGCUAUCAUGCUUGCCGGAGAUGGAAAAGCUCAGAUACUUGAGUGUUCCGAUACAUUAUCUCAGAAGAUGCCCGGACGGUAUGGAGCCACUUGAGUUUUUGAGCAUGCCUAACGAAGGCCAAGAUGUUCGCCAGUUUGUGGAAGCAGAUGUAAAGUUUCCGAAGUCACUCGAGAGGGCUGAAGUUAUGAUGGUUCAGCAAGUGGAGGAUAAUAGAGUCACAAAGGUCAAGGCGCUGAAAAUCGAUCUGGGUAAGGACGGCCACACAACUGGACAAAUAGUAUGA